AUGUCUAUGGUAUCGAAAGGGUUUGGAACCAGUCGACACGCAUCUAUUGCUGAGAGUAGUGUGUCAACGAGUAGUGAUAAAGCCAUGCCGAUGUCAAGACUUAAUGAAGCCGGGAGUAUUCACUCCACGGAGACGGCUUCGACGGAACCGGACAGGGGCCGUAAUGGAGGCAGCAAGCUGGAUGAACAAGAGUUAAUCACUGCACAUCAAAUGACCCGAGUCCCCAAAGUUGACCGAUGGCAGACCUCCAUAAAGCCCUCUACGCCAGUAAACCGCCAGCCCGUCCCCCUCUCCUGGAUCCCUCAGCAGUUGGACCCCGCCUCCAGGGAAGUCUUCGAGGAAAUCUCCACGACGCACACCAGUAAUGGGAAGCUAAAGUUUGCUGUUACCACGGAGCUGGAGAGGAGUGCUAAGGAGAUGGAGGAGGACAGAGGUUGGAUGCAGGAGGCUGUGUCUUAUGGGGAGUUCCUCACAGAUCUUCUUCAUCCAGACGAGUGUUUCCUUCUCCAUGGUCAGUCCUUGCCCUUCAAUAAUGUCAUCUUUCAUGUUUGUGAGGAGUGGGUGCCGGAACCCCACCGGUGGGGCACCCAUAAGGCCCUCAGACCCCCCGUAAAGAGACACAUGCUGACGGGCAGGGCGUUCCUGACCAAUCAUCGAUUGAUACUCUUCUCGGCUGAGAAGCAAAAGAGUACAUCUUUGAAACGGUUUACAACCUUCACGACUGGUAGGGAUACCCCAAAGCCUGUCGGGUACCAACUAAGAGCGACCAGCCAAGAUAUGGUGCACUUCCAGUCUAUUCCCCUGACGCACUUCCGCAAUGUUGAGCUACUCGCUGCGAUGGGAACCAGUUCGGUUACCAACAUCCUCGGUCAAAAGUUAUUCUGCUGUCUUCCGCUGGUGUGCUGUCGGGUGUGUUACGAGGAUGAUAUGUGCUCCAAAUAUUGGUACGCUCGAGAUCACCUGACUCUGGGCAUAAAUUCACGGAUGUUGUCCAUGGGUGUCAUCCUUCCUCCAUGGGGUAACCGCAGCCUGCUGGAGGUCCAUGCCCAGCCUGAUGUUCCCCUCUCGUUGAUGAAAGGUUUCAUGAAGGAACUGCAGAGAUUCGCACCCGGGCUAAGAACAGCUGCGCAAAAACCACAAGAGACAUACACAUGAGUUAUAAUCAUUUGAAUAAUUGACACUUAGCUGUACAGCCCUUGCAUACAUUUAGAAAAGAAAACAUAGCGAAUCAAAAUGUACAUACAUUGCAGCGAGGUGAAUACUCACAUCAUCUUUUAUAAGCCCAAUAUUCGCUUUGUAAAAAACUGUGUUGACACAAUGGUGAUGUGAAAACUGUGGUAUUGACACAGGGUUUUGCACCCAAUAAAUACCCCUAAAUAAUCAAAAAUUGCAUAAUGUGGUGUUGGCAGAAGCUACCGUGAUGCAACUUGUGAAACCCUUCUGUUAACUUUAACACCCCAGUUUUUGCAGUGCAUUAUUGUUUGAUUUUGUAUGUUUUAACCUUGAGGGAGCUUGAGAGAGAAAACAAAAUGAACAAAGAAGACAAUGCAGACUGACGUUGUCGAACGAGAAAAUGUAGAGUAAACAUGUCACUCCAACAUUAAUUUGUCUGUAAUUUCUGAAAUUAUCCGCACUCAACAAUAGUCCACCCUUCAGUUCAUAUACAUACUUAGAUUGAAAAGAGAAAAUUUGUGUAACUUGAAAGAGAUUGUGUACGUGCAUACAUAGACAAUUAAAUAUUGUAGUUUUAUGAUGCACUCAUUAUCUAAUAGAUAUAUUUCUAAUGGGAAGUUACAAAUCUCCACCUCGUGUUUCUACGCCGUUAACAUGGUGUAAAUGUCAUUAUAUUUCACUCUUUCAGAGCAACUUUGAAACAUGCGUCAGUCAAAAAGUCAAAUUCAAUGUCUUUUCGUUGAAUAUCACAUAAAUUUAGAAUGAUUAAAAGUUUCCUGUACAUAAAAUGUACAUAUCAAUUAUUUUCAAAAUUAAUGUGUUUUUCAUUUAUGUUGACGGAAGCUGGAAGGAAGUCAAAGUGCAAUAAUAACUUAUACCGUUUGAACUCUAGUUAUUCAUUUAUUCGUUACCCUGGGUAGACCUCUCAGUGAAACCCAGUGAGAAGACUGGUCUUUGACAAUUACCAAUAGUGUCCAAUGUCUUUAAAACCAUCAAACAACUCCUUAAGCAGCACCGUCAACAUAGAAUCUCCGCCAUCACAAGUUACCGACCACUCCUGGGAAAGGAGAAGAAAUUAUGUUUCCCGAGGUCACAAUGCCGUUUUGAAUAUUCAAGUUAUACCCACAGUGAACAAAAUACUAUUAUAUCGCACAGGCAUAUCCUUAUCAUUUAGUUGAUCGAACACUCGUCCGUGGCAGUAUCAUUUUUGCAAUUACUGC